GUUUUAUUCUGAAAUUCUCGCGGCGGAAGUGUUUCCUCCUAAUGGCGGAACACAGGUUUAGCGCUACCUUGAUACGAAUGACUGCUGGCUGAAAAGACCUCGAGACUUUCUGGUAACAACAAAGAUUCACAUCGACUCGUUGUGAAAGCCUCGCUGUGCGCACAGACAGUAAUUCGCACCUUGGUCCUACCCUUCGACUGGAGCCCAGUGCAUCAGUCUCCGUCGCCGACAGCACCAGAGGGACCCAUUUCAUAUUUGGACCUGUGGCUGGUGCUGCUGCAGUGAUAGCCCUCCGAUUGGCUCAGAUUGAGACUCAGGCACAGAUUGCUCUCCAGCAGCUUGCCACUCUAGCGACCAUAACUGUUGACAACAACAACGGGUUUGCAGCAGCGUUACCUCAUCACCUGGCCCUCCUGAGUCUUCUCAAUAGACAACGGGUGUCAGCUGGGUUUAACGUGGACACAAACAGAAAAACUUACAGAAACAUACAACCGUGUCUCUCUGCUGCCAUGUACCACCACCACUCCCAGCAACAGGGGUCACAGCCCUUUUCUAAUGGGCCUAGACCUCCUCAUCAUCAGCCACCUCCAAAUCAACAUCAGAACCGUCCUCCUUCUGACAUGCUGUCGCAGGUGAUGGGUUUCCAGUUUCCUCGUCCCACCCAGCUCCCUGAUGAACUGGAGUCUGCCUUGGCCAUCCGUGGUGCCAGGGACAUGGACCACCGCCUCAUUGACCACAUGAGCCGACCAAACCAACACCAGAACCAAAGUUCUGGUUCUGGUAUCAGUCAACACGGAAGCUACAGCUCUAACCCAAUAACCCACACCUCUGAUAAUCAGCCUGGCCACCAGCAAGGAGUAGACUGGUCAAGCUACCAGCCUCCGACUAAACUGUUUGCCAGUCCUCCACCUAGUGGUAGUCACCAGUCGCAACGACAUCAGGGGCCUCAACAGCAGUCCCAGAGCACCCACGCUGGAACAAGCAUGCCAAGCUGGAGCGCUCCUGUAAGUGACUCACCAUCAUCUCAAACCCAGCACCCCCACGGUGGUGGUGGGGAUGGUCAGGGUUUAUACACACCUGAGAGUGCUGGAAGUAUCUUGGCAAGCUUUGGACUUUCAAAUGAGGACUUAGAAGUGCUGAGUCACUACCCUGAUGAUCAGCUAACCCCAGAUACUUUACCAUUCAUACUCCGUGAUAUCCAAAUCAACAAGUCAGGCAGCCAGAACACUGCGGCUUCCACUUCCUCAUCAUCGUUCUCACGCACCAUCCAUGAUAUGUCGCUGCCUCCUUCCCGCUCUUCGCCUUUGGCGCGUUCACACUCCCCGGAAGUGCCCAGCCUUCUUACUGUUACGCAGACAGCAGGUAAAGUCAUUGACUAUGGUCAUGCCAGCCGGGCAAAGGAUAACAGUAGCACCAGAGAGACUUUCAAAAGAGAGCAGCUCUCCAGUGAAAGGACAGUUAAAAUGUACUCGUCUCCGUCGUUGUCCUCAUCAGCUCCAAAAGCAGAUAAAGCUGAAAGGCAGCAGGGUCGUUUGGAACACGCUGAAUCGGGCAAGCACGGGGACCAAGACUAUCGCAGGACAAGCCGCGACCAUCGCAAGAGCAAUCGGUCACCUGGGAGAGAAUUUCCGCAAUCAUCCAAAUCUCGUAAUCUAGACCAAGACUACAGGCGUGACGGACCCAAACCUAGGCCCUCAUCUGAAACCAGGAGUGAGGCUUCCUCGAGACGGUCUCUCUCCUCUUCGUCUGGCUCAAAACCACACAGCAGCAGCAAGAAGUUACCUACCCCCACCAUGAUAAGCGAUUUCUCAUCUGUAUCUCCAAAGGUGUAUCCCCAUACCUGCUCCUUGUGCCACAUACAGUGUGAUCAGGAAAAGGACUGGGUUGAGCAUAUUAACACCGUCAACCACACUGCUGCCUGCAGAGACCUGCGCAACAAGUACCCUGAGUGGAAACCAAAUCUACCGAGUCGCAGUGGAAGAUAUGGAAGCCGGGCUCUGUGGGAUCCCAAAGAUCACUCUCUAUCCCAUUCCACAUCCCGAUCCCUCUCUCGCUCUCUUACCCCGAGUCCUCCACAUAGCAGACGCCUGGUGGGCCCCCAUCUCCACAGGCGAAGCGGGAGGCCUUACUCACCUCACCAUCACCCUCACCCUCACCAGCAACACUACACAGGGGGUCCCUCUCACAGUGGGCUGAAGCGUCCACAUGAUGAUCCAACCAGGUUCUCCUCGGAUCCCACCCGUCAUCCAUCCUCCUCAAAGGUGGGUCACAGCGCCAAGCAGCCCAUCACCAAAAGUGUCAAAGGUGUGACGAAGCCUGGAGCCAAGACGACUAAGACGGCAAGUGCAACAUCUACCAAGCCUCCACCAGCCAAGAAGAAGAAGAAGAUAGUGACUCCAGCCUCCCAGGACUCCUCUGUGGCAGAUCGCCUGGUUUACUUGACUGGCAUCCCGAAGGAUGCGUCGGAGCAAGAAGUCACUGACUUGGUCGGGUCCUUUGGCAAGAUCAACAAUGUGAUCCUCAUGCCGUGCUCCGAGGAAGAGAGCGAGAAUGGCGAAGGGCAAAAGGCGUCUGUAUGCAUGGUGAAGGCUGAAGACGCCCAGGCUCUGGCUAAAUCCACCAAUCUCUCCAUCAGAGACCAGCAGUUGACUGCUUCAGUAGCCAAGAAACUUGAAGCAAGACUAUCUUCUGACGCCAACAACAGCAAACCUGCUGCAGGACAGGACAAAGGUGCUGCUGGGAAAGACUCUGGAGGUGAGGCUGACCAGAAGUUGUCUGAUGAGAAGGGCAUGGUGUUGAUCACAGGACUUCCUGAGAGCGGCUGGUCGGAGAGUGACAUCCUUAAACUGGUACAGCCCUUUGGAACUCCCUCCGACAUCAUCCUGGCAACGCAAAUCGGAAAGGUUCUUGUGUCUGUGUCAGACAUGGAGAUUGCUCAGGAGAUAGUAAAAGUCCACGCCUUUAUGCCUAUGAAGAUUAAUGACACUGAGCUGAAGAUGACCCAUCUCAAACAGUGCAUAGGUCUCAGCACACCGGUGGGUCUCUACAAUCUUCUGAUGGGAUCAGCAGACCCAUUAGAGAGUCCUAUUCCAGUGGGCUGGAGCAGCCUGUUGGUGAUCAGUAACGUACCCAACACGCCGUCUGGGUCCUCUGAGGUCCAGAAACUGGUACGGCGCUUUGGUACUGUCAUCAAGACCCUAGUGCUCAACAGCAUGGUCAUUUGUGAGAUGGCAACUGCUGCAAUGGCACUGUCUGUAUACAAACGCUUCCAGACGUUCCCAUGCAUCAUCCAGAGCAACCCUCUGUUCUUCUCCCGCAAGCCUGACCCCAAAGCCAACACACAGACUAAAGUCAUCACUGCAUACCUUGAUGUAUCUGAGGAUACCCCUGCAAAUGGCAAAGGCAAGCAAGCGGCAGCGGCUGCAGAUGAAGAGGAGACGGCGUGUAAAGAAGAAUCUGAAUCCCCAUUGGAUGGAAUGGAAAAAAAUCUUGAAAUGAAUGACGAGGAAGCAAAGAGCACAGAGGAAGCGAAGAGCACAGAGGAGACGGCCGGUGAAGACGAAGCUUUGGGAGAAAACGGAAGAAAUGAGAUCAAAAAAGAUGGGCUUGCUGAUUCUGUCUCUGAGUCUUCGGCAGCUAGAGACACCACACAAGAAGCAGACCUAGAGACCCACACAUCAGCUGUUGAGAAUGUCACAGAGACAGUAGACAAAACGAAAGGUGAGAAUGUGUCCAAAGCAGAAAAUAACGAGAUUCCUGCUGGUGAAGAGACAAAGCCGUCUACCUCUGAUGGCAACGCAGCUUCCCAGGAGACAGCCAUGCCAGAGCUGCCCAAGGUUACUCAAGAAAUGGUCAACGCCCUGCUUGUGGAGUGCCGAACAAGAACUGCCGGCCAUCCCAACAGCGCGGCAGCGUCCGUUAACAGAGAACAGGGGGAGACACAAAUGGAGACAGUACAGGGUGAAAAAGUGGCAGAGGAGACAAAAAAAGAGCCGGCCAAGAACCACACAGGGGAGGACGCGAGGAAGCAAGAGAGAGAGCGGAAGGAGAGGGAGCGAAAGGAGAGAGAGGCAAGAAAAGAGGAGAUGAGGGAGAGAGAGAGGGAGAGGAGGGCCUGGGAGAAGGAGGAGAGGGCCAGGAAGGAGAGGGAGUGGCACGAAAGAGCCCGGAGGGAGAGGGAGAAGAGGGAGGAGGAAAGGAGGGAGUGGGAGAAGAGGGAAAAGGAGAGGAGGGAGAGGAAGAGAGCAUACGGUGGAGGUUUGUCGUGUUCGAGGUCAUCUUCCAGGUCGGAGGGAUACAAGCCGAGCUCCUCGAGGGACGAACAGUACGACUCAGAAGCUGAGACCAGAAUGGUGGAAGAAGGGGAGGAACAUGACGAGUUCCCAUUCAACAUGAGUGACUUUGUGACGUUAGAUGAAGUUGGAGAUGUGACUGACCUUCCUAGCUCUCCUUCUCCCACUGUUCCCAUGGAAACCGCAGAGAGAAAGGAAGAAGCUCUCACAUCUAUGGAAAAGGCUGCAGAGGUGCAUUUUGACUUGGACACACCCAUGGAGGUAACCACAGAAACAGGAAUUUCAGAUACCACAGAGAAGUCUGACGAGCAGGUAUCAGAGUCUACAGCUGAGCCAACAGCUGACACUUCAGACUGUUUGGGGUCAUUGGAUCAGACGCCUGGUCCCAUCCUCACCGCCACAGCAUCCCCCUUACUGGCUUCACUGUCUGACUCCUCCCCCAAACAAACACAUCAACCAGAAGCAUCUGAGACAGAAACCACGCUGACAGCCACUCUGGACUUCACUGCCGAGGUUGAACCCUGCCCCAGACCUGCCCCUGCAGCUCCAGCCACGCCAGCCGACACCUCCUCCAACAGCCCAGCCAUUGGAGUAGUAACCACACAGAGUGAGGAAGGCGAAAAGGAUGACAGUGCUCUCAGUCACAGUCAGGUGGUGGGGUUGGACAAAAUGGAGGAACACAGGCGAAUGAAGGAUGAAGAAGACAAAGAGACGGGAGCUCCUGCUGUGGAGACAGAAAAGCAUGACGGGUCUGAAGAACAAACAAACACUGAGGAGGAGAGUGUGGAGAAGAAAUUAAAGACACAAAGUCCCUUGAGCACGGAGUCCUCCCUUCCUCCUUUCGACCCCAGCAACCCAGUUGGUAUGGAGUUCUUGGUCCCAAAGACGGGCUUCUUCUGUAAGGUGUGUAAUAGGUUCUUCAGCGGAACCAAAGAGGCAGAGAUCAACCACUGCAAAACCCUCAAACACUACGAUAACCUACAGAAAUACUUGCAGACCACGAAAAAGGCAAUUGGGACUACUGGACCUGACUGCAGCUGAAUGUGGCUGUGAAACUGUAGACUGAACCCCCCCCCCUUUUUUGUAUUGUCUCUUUAUUUGUCGCUAAGGGUCCAGAUUCUCACGUUGGUGUAGAUGAGUCUCAUGUCCUGUGUCAUUUCAAUAUGCGCUAUUCAUUUUACAGACACACUUGAGAGAGAUGAAUGGAAAGUGUACAGUGAAGAUGGCUGGCAGUGAGAACCGUGCACAGUCAAUAAAAUGUUUUUCUUAAACUGUU